CAAAAUACAAUCUCGGACAAGGAGCAGAUCCAAUAUUCUUCGUCGACGAACAAGCAUUCGGCACUUGGUCGAGCUCGCCGGCGGACGCUAUCCACCGUUGUCAGCGCUGCGUGGUUGUUCUCCGGGAAGUAUUGAAGAGGAUUCGAACCAUAGUGCUUUGUCUUCCACCAAAAUCCGGUACCCUUUUUCAAAUCAGACAAGUCAGAUAUCAUGGGUGGACAUAUUGACUCAAGUUCAUCAGAGAAGAAAUCAGGCAAUGGAGUGAAUGACUUACCGACCUUCAAUGCGGAGAAUUUGCAACAAAACAUGAAAACUAUCUAUUACAGCCGAACAUUUAUGUCCAUAAUUGGUGGAGUUGUUGCCGGAAUUUUGGGGUUUACUGGAUUGAAGGGAUUUGUCUUUUACUUCCUUGUCAUGGCACUUACUUCCAUUGGGCUCAUAGCAAAAGCUAAAUUUUCAAUCCACUCAUACUUUGACUCCUGGAACCGGGUGUUACUUGAUGGCUUUUUUGGUGGUCUAAUGUCCUUCGUGCUGUUCUGGACAUUUGCAUAUGACAUUGUUCAUAUAUUUUGAUGGAGAGCCAACUCCCAAGUGGGAAUGUCUCACGAGAAGGUAUUUUGGCGGCCACUGCUUGUCACGAUGCUUUUGUACCAUUGCAUUUCUAGUCAGUUUUCAUGAUGCUGGCUUUUUCAAACGUUGUAGUUUCUUUAGUUUAUUUAUAUUAUCAUGUAAUGAAAUCAGUCUUAAGUAGAUGGAAUGAACAACUAGAUCUUUGAUUGACGUUUCUUCAGUUAUACAAUUUUACUUAGAUGGUUUGCUCAAGGUUAUGUGAUUUGCCACAUAAUACCUUGAGAUAAUAUUCACAAUUUUCUUUUUGAGCAUCUAGGUAUUUGAUGAUAGAGUACUUGUGUGCGUAAACUGUAACGAUGAGGAUGAUAAUUGAUCCUGUUCAUCAGUGUUGAUUAUUCCCAGGAUCAUACCAA